UCUCUUCAAUUAGUCAGUUUGCCUGUGUUCUCCAACAAAAGUCUAAUAUCUUAUACAAUGGUAUUGUACACAAUACAGUGUGUCUAUUAUAAAAAUGGAAUAUUUCAGACGUCCUCGUUCGACGGCCGACGCUAUGGGAGAGGGAAAAAGACUAGCCUUGAGAGACGGAAAUAGAACCCCUAAUAACUAACCCGUAAGCUAUGUAUGUCAAGGUUAUUUGCCUCGCUUUCUUCUCUUCCUCAGUCGGUAGAGUGGAACGACCAUCUACAGUGAGAAUAAAGCUCGUGUAUUAAGUUUUCAUUGUGAUAAUUAGUCGCGUUGAUGAUACGAGCUAAACUCUGGGAUGGGACAUCUAAUAUCUUCUAUUCUUUAUAUUUUACUCUAUUCAUCAAGCGUUCGAUCUUUUGGGCCUGGAAAUAAUUUUCCAUCGGGUAAUGGAAAUGGCGGAAACAACUGGGGUAAUGGAAAUGGACACAGUGAUGGAAGCGAAGGAACUGGAGGAACAGGAGGAACUGGAGGAUAUGGAGCAACUGGAGCAAGUUCAGGUACUUCGGGGACUGUAGGAUCUGGAGUUUAUUUUCCAACAAACACAUGGAAGAAGCUAUAUUAUCACCAAUUGCCUCAGUUUCUAGACUGUGAGCUAAUCGUCAAACAUGUUGACGUUGACAAAUGGAAAAGUGUAUUAAUAUAAGCGAAUUAACUUUAUUCCUCUUUUUUAAUUCCUUUUCUUUUCAUUUUUUCUAUAGAUUCAUAUAAACUCUAGGCAAGUUUUUAAUCAACCCUCAUCCACUUGUAUUCCUUUUAGCUUCGGAAAUGUUUCGGGUAAAUUGGUUACUCUUUUCAUCCAUUAUGAAUCUAUGUACUGGGAUAAUAAUUGUAAGAAUUUACCAACUUCUAUGGCUGAAUUGAAUGCUACAGGAGUUGUAUUCCAAGCAUUGGAAAGCCAUAAAAGGCAUAUCGAAGACCUAUUACUUUCAAAGAAUUUUCAGAUUCCAGUUGGCUACACCGUUAGUCAAGUAGAGCCUUUCUUCCAUAGCGAUAGUCAUUCGGUUAUUGUUACGGAAAAUUCUGAAUUGCCGUUCUUAUACUCAGAAAGAAACUUACUUAUGGAUUAUGGCAAUCAAAAUUUUGUGGCAUCCGCCGUACUCGAUAGGAACCAAGCGACUUGUGUUCAAUCCUAUCCGUACAAUGUCUUUAAUCUGCCGAAAAGGGCUUGGAUACAUACUGUUAAAAUAUGCCUACAGGCAACUGGAGGCUCUGCUAAAGUAGGAACAAACUCUUUCGCCACCAUGUGUACAGAAGCGCCAUCUGUAUUGCCGUGUUUAUAUUUCAAUUGUCAGAAACUAAAGAGAGGAAGCUACAUACAAGCUUCGUUUAGUAUCGGAGUGAAAAUAUGCGAAAUAGAAAUAUUUUCUUAUAAUUUGGCUUACGGUUCAAAAAUAAUACUAUCAGAUGAUACAAUGCUCAAUAUGAUACAUUCAAAAUCGUUAAUAGCUGACUUAAAUACAGAAGAUGAAGUAAGCUCGGCCUUAAAACUGAAAUCAUGCCAUAAAGUAGAAAUAGUAUUCAAUAGAAGAGUUUCAAUACAAUCUUUCGCCGCUAGAAUUUCUUGUAAAAGUCAGGAAUGCGAGAAAAUUAUUCAAAUCAAGCCUACUAUUGAAAAUGAUGAAAACAACUUUUGUGAAGAGUUUAGAAUGGAAAAGAUGUCAAUGAAUAAUUUUUUUUGGGCUAGAUUCCAUUGUGGAGGGCAAUCGAAUUUCGUUAGAAUAAAGAAUAUAAUAGGACUAAUUCAUAUUGAUGAAGUUGAAGUGUUUGGUGUAGACGGUAACGAGACAAUUAAUAACUGUAAUCAGUCCAGUAGCUUGAAUGGCAGAAUGAAUUGUAAACAAUUCGCCCUUUGGAAAGUGGCAAAUAAUAGCAAAGUUUCACUUAAUCAAACGUACAAUCCAUUCUCGUUGAUAGACGAUCGUUUUAAUACAUGCGUUCCGUUUAAGUUCCUGUAUUAUUACGAAUGGAAAAGUGAAUUCUAUUCAAAACCAUUCACAAUCACCUUUACGAAAAUCGUUUUCGAGUUGGUUGAAUUAAAAAGGGAUCCCAUACUUGUUGUGAUCUAUAAGAAUAAAGAUAAAACCUUUAGUCAGACAAUACCCAUAAAGGCAACUGGAAUUGAUAUAACCUCGGGAAAGAGUGUUUUAUAUUGGACAACUUCACUCUCUUUUCCCCCGUUAGAGGUGUAUCUUAGAGCGACAAGAAUCGACUACGGUUCGUUAUGCGAAAUUAUACUUGAAGGAGAAGGGCAUCAACCAUCUUUAAAACAGUUAAAUUGGAAAGAAAAGGUUGAAUUUAAAAAUCGAAUAACUUGCGAGGAUUCCGAUGUUCUAAACGAUUCAAACUGGAACCCUCAAUUUUCUAAUUGUAUGAGUUUUCAAUAUGCAAAUCAAGAGUAUCCUUGGAUAAUUUUUGAUCUUGAAAGUCCGUAUGUAGUUAAGAAAUUACUGAUUUCUUAUUUGAAAGCAAUCUCAUCAAUUGACAUUUCGCUUCUUAACACAUCGAGAGGAGUUGAAUACUUGGAUAAGAGGAAAUUUCCCUACAAUUCUCAAAGAAUUAUUUGCGUAACGAAACUUUCCUUAAAACAUUUUAGUGAUGAAAUAUUUUGCAGAGAAAAUGCAGUUGGAUCUUUAUUGACUAUAUCAACUUUUAAUCGUUUAGAUUCUUUACAGAUUUGCGAAGUAAAAAUAUUUGGUGAAGAAACCACUUUUAUAGAGCACGAAGUCCUUUUGAGGACAAAUGGAACAAUUAGAAAUGGAGAUCGUAUAGCCUUGGAUACAUUUUCAAAUAUAACAGCAAUUUCAAUUAGACCUAAUAGGAAUAUCUCGGAAAAGCUAAUAAUACACCUAUCGAAUAAUCAAAUAAUUGAUAAAGACCAAUUGCAUUUAAGUGAUGGAUCGUUAACUAUCGAUUUUAAGGAGUUAGAAAUAGGAGAUGAAAAUAAUAAUGUCUUAUUACCAAUAUCUCCUAUGAAUCAUGUGAGAUAUCUACACAUUUUUGGUAACUUUACCGAAACUAUACUACUAAGAAUAUUCGGAUUAUUCGAAAGAGGAAGUAAUAAAAUCUAUAUACCAUUGCAAAUAUUCUUAAUUAAGUUAAAAUUAGACAUACAUACAUACAAACAGACGAAUAAAUUCUCUUUUUCCCUUUUUAUUCAGACCUGUUUCGUCGAAUAGCAAUCAAUUUACAACUAGCAAAUGGCCAAGUUAAAGAUGAACACGAUACUUUUCAAGAAUGCGUUAAAUUCUGCCACGACAACAAAGAUUGUUGGGCAUUCUCUUGGAAUAGACACGAUAAAUGCGUCUGCUCAUUUAAACCGGAAACUGGGGGAACAGUGAGAGAUUUUUACCAGUAUGAUAAUAGCAGCAGUUUGGAACUAAUUAGACAAAAUGGCUCGGAAAUUUAUUCUUUGUGCUUAACAAAGAAACAAUUGAAUAUUAUCCAUUGUUGAAAAAGCUGACUUUUAUAUUUAUAUUUAUAGAUAUAUUAUGUAUAAAUAUCGUAAAUACAGUAAAAAUAUAUACUGCACAUAGACGCUUUAUGUUCGUGUAGGAAAGUUCUUUCCUUUCGAUUAAAACUAUGAUUUCUCUUUCUCUCUAUCUCUUACCAAGUUUUCCAUUAUCCGCAUCAUAG